AUGCAGGGCGGGCUAGUUGCGGAGAUUCCGGCGAAAGUGCGUAAGGCAGAGGAACUCGGUUACGACUUCUUUGCAACCAGCGAGACGAAGCACAACCCGUUCGUUACGGCGGCGCUGGCGGCAGAGCACGCAGAGCGCGCGCAGGUGCGGACAUCCAUUGCGCUGGCCUUCGCGCGCAGUCCAAUGGACACGGCGUACAUGGCCUGGGAUUUGCAGUCGUUGUCCGGCGGUCGCUUCCAGCUAGGUCUGGGCAGCCAGGUUCGCGGGCACAUCGUCAGGCGCUUCAAUAUGCCCUGGGGCAGGCCAGCGGCACGUAUGCGUGAGUACAUACAGGCGAUGCGCCAUAUAUGGGGAAGUUGGCAAGAUGGCACGCGGCUGAACUUUCAAGGAGACUUCUACAACUUCAACCUGAUGCCGCCAUUCUUCACACCUGACCCUAUUGAACAUCCUGACAUUAAGGUUUACAUCGCGGCCGUCAACGAGCGAAUGUUGCAGGUAGCCGGAGAGGUUUGCGAUGGGGCGCUGCUGCACUCGUUCGGAACCUUCAAGUACAUCAAUGAAGUGGUGAUGCCCAACCUACAGGCAGGUGCGGAUAAGGCUGGCAGAACACUUGCGGACAUCGACAUCAACGGCGGCGGCUAUGUCAUCACGGGGCCAAAUGAAGAGCAUAUCGAGCGCAGCCGUCAAGAGGUCAAGAACGCCAUAUCCUUCUACGCUUCGACAAGAAGCUACGCGCCGGUGAUGAACCAUCACGGGUGGAACGACACAGCGCAGAAGCUCUAUCGCAUGUCGGUCGACAACAAGUGGAGCGAGAUGGGCGCGCUGAUUACCGACGAGAUGCUGGACGAGUUCGCAAUCGUUGCCGGCUACGACGAUGUGGUUGACAGGAUAAAGGAGACAUACGGACCGUUCGCGAGUUCGCUGAGCUUCUCGAUUCCGGUGAACUCGGGUGAGGACGAAGAGGUACUUAAGGAUAUGAUUGCGCGGUUGCAAUCGGACUAG